AAUACGAACAGACACAGUGGAAAAAUCAGCAUCUAAAGUCUUCUUAAAAAAGCGCACGCACACAAAAAAACUUUUCACAGUCUACCAAACGCAAAUAGCUCACAAACUUGGUAAUAUAUCAAGAACUCUAACGGAAAAAAGUUCUAAUUUGGGAUGUCUAAGAGAGCGUUUUAAAACAACGCUUCUCAUUAUUGUCUACAACUCUCCCAUUUACGACAACAUUUGGUUACUUCAAGACUUGUACGGUAAGCUUUUCACAAAGAUUAUUUUUUGUGGACCGGAACACCCAUCGGCGCCUAACUUUAUAUUAAAAACUGUUACGUACAAAGGGUUUUUUACCUAUGAAGAGUGUGCUGCCCGUACAAUAAAUGUUUAUCAUAAUUACACUGGAUAUUUACUUAUAAACGAUGAUCUUUUUUUAAACAUUUUAAAUAUAAAAAACCUUAGUUUAUCUAUGAUAUGGGAAGGUCCAAUUCCAAAUGCUCCAAAUAAUCUUAACAUAAAGCAAACUGAAUGGGCGUGGAAUGCUCCUUGGGGCGUGAAAAGUUGUGUUAAAGCUCUAGAAAAAUCAAUUUCAUUAAACUUUACAAACCUUCACCAAGAAAAAUCUUUUUAUUUCAAAGUUGUUUCUGGUCAACAUAUAUGUUAUGGUGCGAGGGCAGAUAUUUAUUAUAUACCUGAUAAAAUGGCGGCAAACUUUAGUAAACUAGCAAAAAUAUUUAAAGAAGAAAAUGUGUUUUUAGAAAUCGCUAUGCCAACUAUAAUAAGACUGCUUACAAUUGACGUCGUAAGGUUGAAUGGUAUAUACAUGCCAGACGGCGUUACCGAAAGUAAAGCAGUUAUAAAUUCGUUCAGUCCAGAUUUAGAUUUUAUACAUCCUAUAAAACUGUCUUAUGGUGCAAGAUCUGUAGAAAACUUUGUUUUUUUAAAAUACUACUCAUUUCUUUCAACUGCCCUUAUUACAUGUUAAUAGUUUUCAUUUACAAAGUUAUAACUAAUAUAAAGUAUUGUAUACUUUUUUUUU